GUGCGUUCCUCGCGCCUGCCCCAUCUCAUUUUCUUCCUCCCACCUUCCCCCGCUUGCUGCUGGCUCGCGCGUGCGCAGUUAGCGCCGCCUGGUUGUUUGGUGGUGGUGUCUGGAGCCCGGUGGGAGGGGGGAGGGAGGGAGAGUCGGGGGUGAGGAGGAGGGAUGCGGACGGGGGAAGAUGGCGGCCUCGUCGAACAACCCGCGGAAAUUCAGCGAGAAGAUCGCACUGCACAACCAGAAGCAGGCCGAGGAGACGGCGGCCUUCGAGGAGGUCAUGAAAGACCUCAGCCUGACGCGCGCCCACCGGCUACAGCUACAGAAAAACCAGUAUUUGCAGUUGGGGCAGAGCCGUGGCCAAUACUACGGUGGAUCCCUGCCAAACGUCAAUCAGAUUGGCAGCAGCGCAAUGGACCUGCCCUUCCAGACUCCAUUUCAGACCUCCGGCUUGGACACCAGUAGGACGACUCGGCACCACGGGCUGGUGGACAGGGUGUACCGCGACCGGAAUCGCCUGGGCUCGCCGCACCGGCGUCCGCUCUCCGUGGACAAGCAUGGCAGACAGGUGGACAGCUGUCCGUACAGCACCGUCUACCUGUCCCCUCCUUCGGAUACCAGCUGGAGAAGGACCAAUUCAGAUUCUGCCCUGCACCAGAGUACGAUGACUCCCGUUCAGGCAGAGCCGUUCUCAGCCGGGUCGCAGGACAUGCAGCAAAAAAGAGUCUUAUUACUGACUGUCCCAGGCAUGGAGGAAGACACCUCAGAUACAGACAAGGACCUUUCGAAGCAAGGAUGGGACGCUAAGAAGACAGGAUCCUCGAGGCCGAAGUCCUGUGAAGUUCCAGGAAUCAACAUAUACCCGUCAGCGGACCAGGAAAACACUACGACGCUUAUCCCCGCCGCUCACAACACGGGCGGCUCCCUGCCAGACCUGACAAACAUCCACUUCCCUUCUCCCCUCCCGACACCGCUAGACCCGGAAGAGUCCUCUUUCCCGUCGCUGAGCAGCUCCAACAGCACCGGGAACCUCGCGGCCAACCUGACACACAUGGGCAUCGGCUCAGCCAAUCAGGGAAUGACGACGACGCAGGGCUCGUCCCAGCAGCACCGACAGCCGUCCGUCAGCCCCCUCCAGCUGAACACGGACUCGAGGAGAACCCAGCCCGGGCAGGUCUCUCCCACGCUGUCUCCGCUGUCGCCAAUCACUCAGGCCGUGGCGAUGGACGCACUCUCCAUGGAACAGCAGCUUCCGCCCUACCCGUUCUUCACCCAGACGAGCCCGCAGCAGCAGCAGCAGACCCAAGUGGCCAAUGCCCUGCCGUCCAACGCUUCCCUCAUGCAGACCUCCGGCUUGCAGCGAGGCGUCCAGCUGCCCCCGCUCUCGGUCUCCGUCCCUUCCACGAUCCCACAGUCGCCGCCAGGCAGCCAAACCCAGACUUCCAUGGGGAUAGACAUCAGUUCGGGCUCACUCCAGCAGUACCGCAGCAAUGCCGGUUCUCCGGCCAACCAGUCUCCUACCUCUCCUGUCUCCAAUCAAGCUUUCUCUCCCGGCAGCUCCCCUCAACAAACCUCCAUCCUGGGGAGCGUCUUUGGGGACUCCUGUUACGAUCAGCAGAUGACGGCCAGGCAGGCAAAUGCUUUAUCUCACCAGCUCGAGCAGUUCAACAUGAUCGAGAACGCCAUCAGCUCCAACAGCCUGUACAGCCCCUGCUCCACCCUCAACUACUCCCAGGCAGCCAUGAUGGGGCUCACCGGGAGCCACGGCAGCCUCCAGGAUGCGCAGCAGCUCAGCUACGCCAGCCACGGCAACAUCCCGAAUAUCAUCCUGACAGUGACCGGGGAAUCGCCUCCCAGCCUGUCGAAGGACCUGACCAGCUCCCUGGCUGGGGUGGGGGACGUCAGCUUCGACUCCGAUUCCCAGUUUCCUCUGGACGAACUCAAAAUCGACCCCUUGACCUUGGACGGGCUGCACAUGCUCAACGACCCCGACAUGGUCCUUGCCGACCCGGCCACAGAGGACACGUUCCGGAUGGACCGGCUGUAGUCGGGGUGGCGGACGGGCGGGGGGUGGGGGCGGGGGCCACGCCAGGU